GAGCAGAACGUGGUGAGGGGGAGUCCAGACACACCACAACAACAGGAGGGGACAGAUUUCCACCUUUGCCUUCAAUCCUGCGAUCUCCCUGCUUCUUCUUCCACCUCACCGACUGGUGACUGACUGAGCUGCGUCUGUACGGAUCAGAGAUCAUGUGUUUGUAUUGAUGAGUUGUUCUGCACAAGUUUGACCCAAAAGCUGGCUCAGAGAUGGCUGGUAGCACUGCAGCCACCACCGCCCUCCUGCCUCCGGUGAAGAACGUGGUGGUGUACAGGAAUGGUGACCCCUUCUACAGCGGACGGAGGUUUGUGGUCAACCAGCGGCAAGUGGGCACCAUGGAGGCUUUUCUGAACGAGGUGACCCACAACAUCGGUGCCCAGCUCGCCAUCAGGACCCUGUACACCCCGAGGCAGGGCCACAGGGUCGCAGACCUCCAGGACCUUAGGACGGGAUCCCAGUACGUCGCUGCUGGCUUUGAGAGGUUCAAGAAACUGGACUACCUGAGCGUGGGAGCAAAAAAGCAGCCUGCCACCCGUGAAGAACCCCAGGCUAAAGCAGCACAGAGGCCAAAUGUCUCAGCUAAAUGGCGGAAGUUUAUACCUUUGCCCUGCAUCAUACAUGUUUUCCGUAAUGGCGAUAUCCUAUGUCCGCCAUUUCGGUUCAUCAUUCCUCGGAGCACGCAGCAGGAUCUGGAGCAGGUCCUGAGUCUGGUCACAGAGAAGGUCUGUCUGCGAACAGGAGCCGUGCGCAGGUUGUGUUCUAUGGAGGGAGUGACUGUGACCUCGGCCGGGGAGCUGGAGACCGGCCACUGCUACGUUGCCGUGGGAACCGAGAGGUUUAAGAAACUUCCAUAUGUGGAGCUGCUGGUUUCAAACGCUGCAGACAGAUAUUACCCAGGAAAGAGAAGGCUGAUGAGAAGAGCUGAGAACAGGAAAACAGGAAGUGGUCCAGCAGACCAGUACAGCGACUCCGCUCUCCUCGACUCCCCAGAGUCAGAUGGUCGGAGGGUGAAGUCAACAGGAGACGAAGCUGGACCUCCACAAGCCUCCCAGCAGAGGAGCAGGAGACAGGGAGCAGAUGAGAUGUCUGUUUUCUUUGCCAGGCCGGUGAAGAUCCGCAAGAACAGAGUCCAGCCCAGCAUCUUUAAAAGAGCGGCACGGAAGAGGAGAGAGGAGAUGCGAGGAGCUGAGGAGGUGGAGGAGGAUGAGAACACAGCUACAGAGAUUCCUGUUGACCAGAGAGUGGCAGAAACAGUGGAGGAUGAAGAAGGGAACCACAGAAACGAUCCUCUGCACAGCACAGAACAGAAGGCAGAAUCAUCUCAACAAAAUGGUGUGGAAGCAACAGAGACCUUGACGGAGAAGUCUGCUGAAAUACAGGAACCUGAGCUGAAGCACACAACUCCAAGACCAUCAUCCUCCACUUCUCAGGAUUUUCAGAGAAAGAAAACGGAGGAAAAGGUUAACCCACAGGAUAUCCCAUCGAACACAGCAGAACAGAACCACCAUGAGGACAACUAGUGAAUGAGGAGCACGGAGGAUCCAAGGUCCCGUCGGCAUAAAGCAUAACAAGCCCUGACCCACAGCAGAUGGCCAGGCCGUUACUGCUUCAGCAGACCCUAUGCAGCUGAAUGAAUGUUAUAGUUAGUAGAACUUAAACUGUGGUGAUGAGACGAGUAACAUCAAUUUAUGUUGUUUUGUUUUAGAAAGAGACAAGAAUGUGACUUUGCUCAGACGUCAUUAGAACAAACACAACAGGAAGUGGAGACAAUAUCAGAAACUGUUGUACGAUACAUUUGCAAAGACAAAUGAUCAAAGACAAAUCAUAAACUAUAAUUAAUGAUGGAUAUCACGUCUCCAUUUCCUCCCACUAUCCACAAAUGAAGCCAAAAUAUCCCGGAUAUCAACGCUGCCAUCUUGUGCAUUCAGGCAUAAAGAUGGCAAAGGUCCAACUCAACCAGCUGUCAGUCAUUUUAUCUUGAAAGCAUCACAUAAAUAUUAAAAACAACGAGCACUCGAACAAACCUAUAAUAAUAGAAACUGUCUUUGAGAAAAAGAGUAUUUAGAUAUAUUUAUUUAGAACUACAGCCAUGCUAGCACCUCUUUCAAGCCUUACCCAGGUGCAGUGGUGUUAAAUGCCAAAUACUGCAUGUUAGCAUAAUCCUCGUGAUAGUACUAUCACUGGCCUAGUUUAGUGUGUUAGCAUGCUAACAUUUCCUGACUAGCAGUAAACAGCUGAGGAAGAUAUCACAUAAACCAGUGUUGAAACUGAAAUUUUAAACUUGUGAACUGUUUUGGAUAAAAGUUGACAAAGCACUUCAUCCAACACUUUAAAUUGUCAUCCCCAGAGCCCGACUUCUAGCAUGGCUAAUAAUAGACUUAGCACCAUAAGCUUCACGUGGGUUGUAUUUGUUACAAGGAUUUGCUUUUGAUUUCAUUAUAUUGUAAAGUGUAGAUAAUAUUGUGACCACACUGUUUUACAGGGGAUAUUCUGAUUUAGAUGUGAGUAGAUGGCAUUAAUUUACAAUGUGUACAUAAGAGACCAUAUUUGUGAC